CUUGUUGAAACAUCAGAUUUAUUAUAGCUAAUAGUAUAGUGUUAUAAUCUUGGAAAGAUAAUAAAGCUGUUACUACUUGCUGUUACAUCUAUGAAAUUAAAAAAAUGCUUUUUGAAUGGUGGUGUCCUGGAAUAACAUAACCUUCGUCAAACUGUAUUUUUGUUGAUGUGACAGGAUGGAUCGAUCAACAUCAACCUCUUUCCAACCAGUGGAAGAUUGGCUUCGUAAUUUAGGUUUACUACAUUUUGCUCAGAGUUUUUAUGACAAUGGAUAUGAAGAUAUAGAAACCUGUAAGCAAAUAGGUGAAGAAGAUUUAAAUGUGAUUGGAAUACGAAGUGAUAGAGAUCGAAAUGAUAUCUUGUCUGCUGUUAAACGCAUGCAACAGAACUUAUAUUUUGAGCUGGAACCUGAACCAACAGAGAAGGAAGUAGAACGACAAAAGUUUGGAACAAUUUUAUUAAAGUCGAAAUUAAAAGAUUGUUUGCAUAAACAAAACGUGCAACUAAUAGAGCCACCAUAUUACAACCCUGAUGGAUCAUUGGGAGAUCUCUAUCCACUAGCUAUUCGCUUCGCUGAGGAACUUGGAACCUUUUUUAAUGAUGUUCAUGAGGCUUUAGACCAGUUGAGAAAAAGACAGCUUCCUGUACAGGCAUAUGACGAUAUAACCAAAUUACCAAAUGCUGAUGCAUCUGGACAAAAUAACAGUCUGACCGACCCAGCAGAAUAUCUAAACUGUGAAACACCAGUCAAUCUUGUUCGUGCGCAUAGUUUUUCCAAGUAUGACACCAGAGUCACAAAAAGCACAACUGAUCUUACAAAAGAUCUGCAUGACCCAAAUCGAAAUUCGCAGAGAUCAGGAAAAAAUAAAACUUUUAAAAAAAUUGAUCGUAACAAGUCCAUUUUUGGCAACGUCUUUAAAAAAGGAAAGGAAUCAUCAAAAUCACUAAAAGAUAAUCGCAAUUCUGGUUAUGACUUUAAUGCCACUGAAGUUACCCUUUCUCAAAAUGAAAUUGUCAGCAUAUUUGCAAAAGUAAAGAACAAUGAAAUGAGUCAAGAAGAUGCUUUGGCUGCUAUAAAAAAAGUUGGAGUAACCAAAAGCAAUUCUGGUGGGUCACGAAGUGAAUUUAGCUCUGCAUCAAGUCCCGAAGCACUUCAAAACACACACUUUAAGAGCAGAACGGGAAAAUUAUCAAAGUCUAUGAUUAAAAAAACGAGUCCCAGUGCACAAUUUUAUACCAAAGAUGAUGAUCACCAUCAAAGCAGUUCAAGCUUGCAAUCUGUGGAUUCUGGGAACUCUGAAAGACAGCAUGAACGGAGUUGCGGCUUGGAUGUCGAUAUGCCACCUGAAAGUAUUAAAAGUAGCCCUGAACUUGGGAAACCAGGACUUUUCAAGAUAUUGAGGAGUUCCUUGCGGCGAAAAGGACGAUCAGAUGAAAUUGAUGAUAAAGGCCCAAGUCCUUCUGGCAGUUUAUCUAGUCAAGAAAAUGUACAUCUUGGUUUAAUAUCAGAAGAUUUUCAAGGGAAAGUUUCACCCGAGGACAUCACUUUCCCAACUAUUUCGCACAAAACACAAAAUGCUAUUGUACUAGAACAGUCGUUUGUUCAGAAACCAGAAAAGCCCGCUCUUCCACCCAGACCUGUCCGUAUAUCUACUGAAGAGGACGUUAAAUUGAAUGCUGUUACUAACACUUGCUCUGAUGAAAUCCACACGAAAGAUCGUAGACCAUCUUUAAAGAUUAAAUCUUAUGAAAAAUAUCAAGAAGAGACGGCUAGACGACGUUCUCAAGAAAAAAUGCCCAAACCGCCUCCAAGACAAGUAAAGGGUGCUAAUAAUAACACAUGUACUUCUAUGGAGCAGGUUGCCCCAAAGCCACCUCCAAGGCCAGCAUCGAGAUCUUCAAGUGGAGAAAAGAAGCAAAAUACUACCAUAGCUAAUAACGCGACAAAAAAAUCGAUCCAUACAUCGGAUAUAGACGAAAUCGGAAAUGAUAUGAAGGAUUUAAUAGCUGAAUUAAAUGAGGAUCUUUCCAAUCUUAAAAGUGAGGAAGAUACAGAAGAAAAGUUUUCUAGCAAAGAUGACGUAUUCCAUUCUGAAACGGUAACGAAAAGGAAAAAACCUCUUUUGCCUCCGCGAACGAAGCCUUUAACAAAACCAAAUAUCCCCGCUAAUGCUACCAACACUGAUAAAAAGCAAAGUGGCGAAGCCAUGGCAUAUAAAGAAAGCAUUAAUGAGAAAGACAUUUUUGCGAAAGAGUUGACAAAAUCAACUAUGAUAAUAAAAAAUGUAACUAAAGAACUUGAAAAAAUUGGUGACUCACAAAAGAAUGAAGCUGACAAAAAGUCAUCAGAAAAAACGCUAACUGAUGAGAAUAAUAAAGUACCAGUCACUAUUGACAAAAAUAACGUGGUUAAAAAGGUUAGCUUAAAGCAAAUAGUUAGAAAAAAACUGCGAAAGGAAGCUAUAAGCCUGGAAAACUCCCCCUACACGAAAGCAGAUGGUAGUUGGAAUGUACCGUACGCACUGACGGAGCGAUAUUCUUUUGAAUUACAACAGUCCUUGGAAAGUGUUGCUAAAUGUUUUGAAGAGAUACGAAUCCAAGAGAGAGAUAAAAAGGGACUACCAGUAAUCGCCAUGAAGAACUACGAAAACUAUUGUAGCUCUCAACCUGGCAACGACAUAUCACUGGAUGAGUGGCUUGUGCAUGUUGGUCUACCUAUGUUCUCAGAAGAUUUGAAAGAUGUAGAGAUAAAUACUAUCGAAGAACUCAGCAAACUAUCCAAAGAUUCUUUUAAAAAUAUCGGUGUCUUCGAUGAAAAACACGUCACACUGCUGCUGCGAAAAGCUCGAGAUUUUUUGGGCUAUAUGUAGGAACAAACUCGUACAAACCUCCGGCGGUUUGGGAUUGAUCUUGAAUUCAGAAUUUUAUACAUAGGUUACUCUUUUUUAUUUAAAGAAUAGCUGCAAAACGUCUGGAAAAUGAAAUUUGAUAUUCGCCGGUCUUCCCGUUUGUUUUGCUUGAUUUCUGCGUGGCCAAUGUUUUUGAAAAAUAUGAAAUGUUGUGUACAUGUGGAAAAUUCUGUUAGCCAGCCUGAAAUAUGAUGUACUAUUCCACUUGUAGUACCCGUAGAAAAGAUGGAAACAGGUUUGAAAGGUAUAUGUUUAGAGACAAUAUAAGUGAAAUUAUCAAUUGGGCUUAACAGUCCUUGAAAAUAUUUCAAAUCGAUUAUUAUUAUAUAUAUGCUAUUUAUAAAGUAUCCUCGGCUUUCUUGUGAAGUACGAGCUACGUGUGAGCUUCUUAAUCUUGUUAUUUCUACGCGGCGUCUUCAUUGCACUUGUAAAAGUGGAGACGUUUUGGGAAUAUUAAGAUUCGAGGCAUAAAAUUAUUUUUUAUAAUACAUUAACUUUUCUAAUUUUAUUUUAAUAAAAUACUUACAUGAUA